AUGUCUAUGCUAUCCUCCGUCUACCCAGCUGAAUCUCCAGACCACAUGCGCAGGCGCAAAAUUGUAAAGAAAGGGUUUCAGCUCUGUUUGAUGGUCUGUGGCCGCACCGGUACCGGGAAGUCCACCUUUGUGAAUACGCUGUGCGACGGCAAGAUAUUUAGUGAUAGCGAGCGCCAGGUUGCAGUUCAUGAGGACGGUAUCACACGUGAUAUGCAAAUUCGUACUCAUAAAGUUGACCUUUGCGAAGAAGACGGGACUGUGAUCGCGUUAACCGUGGUCGACACGCCUGGGUUCGGUGACAACAUCGAUAAUUCGAAAUGCUGCGGCACCAUUCUGAACUAUUUGGAAACUCAGUUUGACGAAGUUUUAGCUGAAGAAAGCCGAGUGCAUCGGAAUCCUCGCUUUGAUGAUAAACGUGUUCAGGUUUGCUUAUACUUUAUCGCCGCUACAGGCCAUGGUCUUCGCGAGCUCGACAUUGACCUUAUGAGCACUCUGUCCCGUCGAGUUAAUAUUAUUCCGGUCAUUGCAAAGGCCGAUACUUUUACCGAUGAGGAACUGAUUAUCAACAAAACCAAAAUUCUCGCCGACAUUGAGCACUACAAAAUUCCUAUUUUCUCGUUCAAUUAUGCCGAAGACGAAACCGACCAAGAGGUUAUUGAUGAGUGCGUAGCUCUUCGAGCGCUACUUCCCUUUGCUGUUGUAGGAAGCGAUGAUAUCUACGAGGUCGACAGUCAAUUCGUGCGAGGCAGAAGCUAUCCUUGGGGGUUUGUGAGUACUGAAGAUCCAGAGUUCAGCGACUUCUCCUAUCUCAGAACUGUUAUCUUUGGUUCCCAUUUGCAGGAACUAAGAGACUUGACUCAUGAUGUCAUUUACGAAAAGUACCGCUCCGAUAAACUUAGCGCCAACGCAAGCCUCAUCCCUCCCCGCAUCAACGACAAUCGAUCAUACAAUGAUUCCAUUCAGGAGACAGGGAGCUUAGGUCGGAGCAUGGGCCGAAUGGCCAUGUUUUAA